AAAACACAGCACACUCUGGAAUACAUCUGCGAGACAGAAUUUCUCGAAUUGUGACCAAGCAGGAAACAGGUAAAUAUGAAGGCGAUCAGUCCAGUGCUGCCCAUGCGGAGGACACACGUCAGCUCUCACACGCAGGAUCUCGGGAUCUGGAGAAGUAAGAGCGCAUGGGACGAGCCACUAGGUGUGCUUUGUGACAUGAACGACUGCUACAGCCGCCUAAAAGAGCUGGUGCCCAGUCUGCCGCAGGACCGGAGCGUCACUAAGAUGGAGAUCCUGCAGCAUGUCAUCGAUUAUAUCCUGGACCUUCAGAUCGCCCUGGACUCCAGCUCGGAUAAUCCUCAACCUCAACCACAGCGACGUCCAGGAGUUUCCUCCAGUACUGAAGAGGAAAUCAGCUCCUUUCAGAUAAGCCACUUUGCAAAAGAAAUGAACACAGAUGACCAGAUAACGAUCUGAAGCGGUGUUUCUUUGGAGCAAAAACAGGACCCUCUUUUUUUUUGUUGUUAUCCUUCCGUGUGCUUUCGCCUGGACUUCAUCUUGACUGACACGGAUUUUCCUGGAACGGAGAUAAACCAUUCCGUAUCUCUGAUUUAUAUUUAUCUGCAGGCCAUACAUGACCUUUCUUCCAAAGGAAGACCUCGCUACAGGACCGAGAGAACUGUUGUUUUAAAAAAUAAUAGAAAGGAAAAUAAACAGAAAGGGGAAAACGCCUUUUGUGAAGGUGUCAAACUGCAGGCUCGGUGUGAACAGAGAGCUCAGAUGAUCAGUGCAGUGCUGAAGGACUAACAGAUCAUGUAUGGCUGUUACACUUACUCUAACACACAAAGUGUUACCUUCAUUUCAGUUUUAUACUGUUCUUUUUUCCCCUAAAGCCAUUCCAGAACCAGUAGAGGGUGCUGCAGAUGACCUACUGCUCUACUCUAUUCAGACACUUAGCCAUGGGCCUGCUUUAUUUUCAAAAUAAUAUUAUCCACCAUAUUGAUUUUUUUUAAUCAAGCUGAGACAUUUUGUGUUUUAUCAUGACAUUAAAAUAAUAUUCUAUUCAUGUAGCCUUUUAAUACCAUUACCGUUACUGUACAUUUAGUCAUUUACUCCCUUCUGGGUGAGGGUUAGUUCAAAUAAUCACACGUAAUAAGAACGUGUUGCCUGGUACAGGAAUAAAUAUUAGAACUUUCCCCAGCACUGAUGAUAAAUCACUACAUGGACAUGAGAUGUGUGUGUGUGUGUGAGUGUGUGUGUGAAUGUUAAAGCAGGGUGAACAGUAAGGUUCACAGUGUGCCAUUCCUGUAAAGCGCAUCAAUGUUUUUCUUUAAUUCUGCUGGAAUGUGAUGUUAGUAAUGCCAAAUGAUUUUCUAUAAAUAAUGUAAAUUGCACUUUUUUAUGAAAUAAAUUAUGAUGUAGACUACUAAA